UUUUCUUCCUAUUCCUCUUUAACUUUUUUUUAUCAAAAGAUCCUAUGAUCUUUAACGUUUUGUUCGGUUUAUCUAUUCUCGUUUCGGCCACCCUCCGAGGAGAAGGAGCAACGGCGGCGUAUGAUCCCACCGAUGUCUUUCUCAUCAAUUGUGGUGCUACCUCCGAUACCAACGACACCAGCGGCCGAACCUGGACGACAGAGUACGGAAAGCUUGUGCGGUCGAACUUAGACAACCUGUCGUUUGCUGCAAAUGCUUCAUACCAAGACGUUGAGGCUUCUCAGGUUCCUUUCACGGAAGCUCGGAUCUUCCGAUCUGAGUUCACUUACAAAUUCCAAGUCUCUCCAGGCUGGAAAUUCCUCCGGUUAUACUUCUACCCGACCCGUUACGGAUCCGACUUCAGUUCCAACAGUUUUUUCUUCUCUGUCACCGUCGACGGUUUAACUCUCUUGAAGAACUUUAACGCCGAUUUAACGGUAAGGACUCUCAAACCGGAAUCAAAAUAUUUGGUCAAAGAGUUUAUCGUUACGGCUUACAAAACUCUCAGGCUCACGUUCACGCCCUCUCCGGAUUCGUUAGCUUUCGUUAACGGCGUGGAGAUUGUCUCCAUUCCUGAUGGUUUUUACACAAAGGGUGGGUUUGAUGACAAAAUAACAAACGUGGGUUCCAGCAUUGACUUCGUGGUAGAUGACGGGAUAGCAUUGGAGACCGUUUACCGCUUGAACGUCGGAGGACAUAUGGUUUCUGUAGUCAACGACACAGGAAUGUUCGAUGAUGAUUUCCUUCUCGGUGAGGAUUCAGGAAUCAUACCAGUGGUACCGGGUGGGAAAAUAAACUACACAGAGAAGACUCCCGCUUACGUUGCCCCGGAUGAUGUGUACAAGACGUCUCGAACGAUGGGGAACGUCAUCAACCGUAGACUUAACCAGAAUUUCAGCAUGACGUGGCUCUUUACAGUUGAUGCUGGGUUUCUAUACCUAGUUAGGCUUCAUUUUUGUGAGACUCUAGCCGAAGUGCACGGACCGGGCCAACGUGUCUUCACCAUCUUCAUCAGGAAUCAGAUUGCAAAGCUUGAAAUGGAUGUGGUUGAGAUGAGCGGUGGUUCUCGAAUUCCGAUGUAUCUAGAUUUCAGUGUAUAUGUGGGUUCUGAAAGUGGUCUUAGACCUGAUCUACGACUUGACUUGCAUCCUUACACGGAAAAUGCCCCAAAGUAUUAUGAUGCUAUUCUGAAUGGUGUAGAGAUUCUGAAGCUGAUCAAUGAUGAUGGUAUUGUUGGACCAAAUCCAAAGCUUGUAAUGUCCGGGGGAGAAUCACAUGUGACUGGACAUAAACGGGUCGUUACAAUAACACUCAUAGCUGUCGGUUCUGCGACUGGACUGGUGUCUAUCAUUGUUUUACUCAUCUUGUUGGUGCAACGUCAGAUAAAGAGGAAGAAAUAUAGGCAGAACAAUAGUGUGGCUAUGUUCAAGGUCCUACUUAAACAUUACACUUAUGCAGAAGUGAAGAAAAUUACAAAAUCAUUUUCACAUAUGAUUGGAAAAGGAGGAUUUGGAACUGUUUAUGGUGGAAACCUUUGUAAUGGUCGUAAGGUUGCAGUUAAUGUAUUAAAGGAUUCAACGGGAAAUGGAGAAGAUUUCAUCAACGAAGUUGCAAGCAUGAGCCAAACAUCUCACAUAAACAUUGUUUCUCUGCUUGGUUUUUGCUAUGGAGGGUCCAAAAGGGCGAUUGUAUAUGAGUUUCUCGAGAAUGGGUCUCUGGAUCAGUUUAUCUCUAGAAAGAAGCCUUUGACUCUGGAUGUGACAACUCUAUAUGGAAUCGCGCUAGGCGUUGCUCGGGGAUUGGAGUACUUGCACUAUGGCUGCAAAUCAAGAAUUGUCCAUUUCGACAUUAAACCUCAAAACAUUCUGUUAGAUGGUAAUCUUUGUCCUAAAGUCUCAGACUUUGGCCUUGCUAAACUAUGUGAAAAAAGAGAAAGCAUUGUGUCAUUGAUAGACACAAGAGGAACUAUAGGUUACAUUGCACCUGAGGUGUUCUCAAGAAUGUACGGUGGAAUCUCCUAUAAGUCUGAUGUGUAUAGCUAUGGAAUGCUGGUGAUCGAGAUGUUGGGGGCAAGAAGCAAAGAAAUAGUUGAAACCGCGGAUUCCAACGCUACUUCGGCAUACUUUCCUGAUUGGAUCUAUAACGAUCUUGAAAAUGGACAACAAACGUGGAUACUCGGAGAUGAAGUAACUAUGGAGGAAAACGAGAUUGCAAAGAAGAUGAUAUUGGUGAGUCUCUGGUGUAUUCAACCAUGCCCAAUGGAACGUCCACCCAUGAACAGAGUUGUUGAGAUGUUAGAAGGAAGUUUGGAUUCUCUUGAAAUUCCCCCUAAACCUUCUAUGCAUAUUUCCAGAGGGUUGGUUACUGAUCAAUCUUCUUCUCUUCCUUUAUUUUCUCAUGGCGAGGAGGAAGCUGGAGGAAAUACUGAAACCUUUGAUUCUAUAAAUAUUUAGCGCAAAAUAUGUUUUUGAUGAUUCUAUAGAAAGAAGUCCAAAUAACAAAGAUAGAUUGUAAGAAAAACUUUAAUAUUCUUUAUUAAAAGAAUGUUCAAAAACUACAACUGCCUUUAUGUUUCUCCUUGUGUGAAAUAUAUACAAGACCCAUAGCGUCCACAUUGUAUUUGCUGUUACUUUUGGGUAAAGUUGGCACGACCGACUCAUGUGCUAUUUUAGUUUUCAUCAUCAAAACUCAAAAGUAAUAUGUAUUCCCAAAUCGCGGAGGACAAGAAACAACAACACCAAUUGGAAUUGGGGAAAUUGGGAAUGUAUGUUAUAUAGAGAAUAGAUCGCAUCGAUAACCAGCUCUGAUAUCAAAUGAAAAACCUAU